CAAUGGGUGACACCGCCGCGGAAGGCAUUCAGAACCUAAAUAUUAACGAAAAGGCAAUAUUUUAAAUAGUUUAAUUUGUUUCAAAUGUUCCAUCUGUACGUUAUUUAAGUGAUGCUAAAGUUAUUCCACUUCCGUGGACGCUGCGUGGGCCGGUUCAAAGAGGGCUUUGCCACAUGGUCUAAAACUAAAGCGAUGAAGGAGAAAAAGAAGAAGACGGAAGAUUCCUCCGGAGUCUCAGAGUUGAACCCGUGGCCAGAGUACAUUCAGAAGCGCAUCGCUCUGUGGGACAAGUACAAGGCAGAGUAUGCAGAGAAACUGGCUUCCAAACCGGAGAUGAGCAUCGUGGUGACGCUGCCUGAUGGGAAGACCGUUGCAGCGAGUGCUUGGAGAACCACUCCAUAUGACGUUGCUAAAGGAAUUAGCCAGGGCCUGGCAGACUCUACCAUCAUCGCGCGAGUCAACAACGAGCUCUGGGACCUCGACCGACCACUGGAGGGAGACUGCAAGUUGGAGCUGCUCAGGUGGGAUAAUACGGACGCUCAAGCUGUGUUCUGGCACUCAUCUGCUCAUAUGCUGGGUGAAGCUAUGGAGAGGGUAUAUGGAGGAUGUUUGUGCUAUGGACCGCCAAUUGAAGAGGGCUUCUAUUACGACAUGUAUUAUCCUGAAAAAGGCGUAUCAACCACAGACUACCCUGUGCUAGAAAGCUUAAUAAAGAAGAUAACUAAAGAGAAGCAGCCGUUUGAACGGCUGGAGCUCACUAAAGAACAGCUCCUAGAAAUGUUCGACUACAACCAGUUCAAAGUGCGGAUACUCAAAGAGAAAGUGGACACCCCCACCACUACUGUGUACAGGUGCGGACCACUUAUAGAUUUAUGUAGAGGCCCACACGUGAGGCACACUGGAAAAGUCAAGGCGCUCAAAGUCACCAAGAGCUCAGCAACAUACUGGGAGGGCAAGGCAGAGGCGGAGAGCCUGCAGCGGAUCUACGGCGUGUCGUUCCCGGAGCCCAAGCAGCUUAAGGAGUGGGAGUUCAUCCAGGAGGAGGCCGCUAAGAGGGACCACAGGAAGAUCGGCAAGGAACAAGAGCUGUUCUUCUUCCACGAGCUGUCGCCCGGGUCUUGCUUCUUCCAGCCGCGCGGGGCUCACAUCUACAACACGCUAGUGAACUUCAUCAGGGAGCAGUACCGUGCCCGCGGUUUCCAAGAGGUGGUAUCGCCCAACAUGUACAACGCUAAGCUCUGGCAGACGUCAGGCCACUGGGCGCACUACGCAGAGAACAUGUUCUCCUUCGACGUGGAGAAGGAGACCUUCGCGCUCAAGCCCAUGAACUGCCCCGGACACUGCCUAAUCUUUGACAACCGCAACCGCUCCUGGCGCGAAUUGCCUCUCCGCAUGGCGGACUUCGGAGUAUUACACCGCAACGAGCUUAGCGGAGCGCUGACCGGACUGACACGUGUGAGACGCUUCCAGCAAGACGAUGCACACAUAUUCUGCACGCCGCAGCAAAUAGAAGACGAAAUGGUGAAGUGUCUGGAGUUCCUGGACCACGUGUACACGACUUUCGGGUUCACGUUCCAGCUGAAGUUAUCCACUCGCCCUGAGAAGUACCUCGGAGACUUGGCCACCUGGAACCAGGCUGAGAAGGCGUUAGAAGACUCCCUGAAGAAGUUCGGUCGCCCGUGGCAGCUGAACCCGCAAGAUGGCGCCUUCUACGGGCCCAAGAUCGACAUCACUAUACACGACGCACUGCGCCGCGCACACCAGUGCGCUACCAUCCAGUUGGACUUCCAACUGCCCGAGCGGUUUAACCUCAGCUACGUCAGCGAGAGCGGCGACAAGAAGCGUCCGGUGAUCAUCCACCGCGCGAUCCUGGGCUCGGUGGAGCGCAUGAUCGCGAUCCUCAGCGAGUCCUACGCCGGCAAGUGGCCCUUCUGGCUCAGCCCGCGGCAGGUCUGCGUGGUACCGAUAGGACCUAACUUCGAUGAAUACGCCCUACAGGUGAACAAGCAGCUGUUCGAGGCGGGCUUCAUGUCGGAAGCAGACACGGACGCGGGCGACACGCUCAACAAGAAAGUGCGCAACGCACAGCUUGCGCAGUUCAACUAUAUUCUCGCCCCUUUUUUCACAAUCUGA